AUGUCCUCCUCUGUCUCCUCUUGGUUCCUCCCUGUGUCUCCUCCUAAAGUGUCCUCCUCUGUCUCCUCUUGGUUCCUCCCUGUGUCUCCUCCUAAAGUGUCCUCCCUGUGUCUCCUCCUAAAGUGUCCUCCUCUGUCUCCUCCUAAAGUGUCCUCCUCUGUCUCCUCUUGGUUCCUCCCUGUGUCUCCUCUUGGUUCCUCCCUGUGUCUCCUCUUGUGUCCUCCUCUGUCUCCUCCUAAAGUGUCCUCCUCUGUCUCCUCUUGGUUCCUCCCUGUGUCUCCUCCUAAAGUGUCCUUCCUCUGUCUCCUCCUAAAGUGUCCUCCUCUGUCUCCUCUUGGUUCCUCCCUGUGUCUCCUCCUAAAGUGUCCUCCUCUGUCUCCUCCUAAAGUGUCCUCCUCUGUCUCCUCCUAA